AUGGACGAGCUCGUGGAAGAGUUCCACCUCCGCUUCCCACCGGAGGACCCCGCGGUCCUCGCUCGCGCCGCCCUCGUCAGCAGGCAGUGGUACCGCGUCGUCACCGGCCCCUCCUGCCGUAGAUUCCGUGAGUUCCACCGCUCGACACCAUUGCUGGGCUACAUACUCAAUCUCGCCGACUCCAUCCGCUUCGUUCCUAUGUCAUCAUUUCGCCCGCCCAACACUCACCGCCGUGGUGUGCGAGCGGUCAGCUCAAGCCAUGGCCGCGUCUUCCUCCAUCGUUCCGCCGGGGAGAAUCUGUAUGCCCUUCGCUCCACCGGGAAGGAUCUGGAUGUCCUCCUCUCCGUGUGGGAUCCCAUCUCAGACGAGCAGCAGGACCUGCCCGUGGUGCCAGUGCGGCCGUCCCUAUGCCUCAGCAUGUCUAACCGGGACGCAGUCCUCAUAUGCGCCAAUGGCGACGGCUGCAACCAUCUCCACUGCCAUUUCAAGGUAGUCUUCGUGGGAAAACGUCUAGGGACGUUCUCUUGUUUCUACUCAUCCGAGGCUGAUAGCUGGAGUGAUCCCGUCUUUGCUUCUGAGGGGAUCAUCGGCGCUUUUAUCCCGGGGAACUGUGUCCUUAUUGAGAGUACCCUCUACGGCAAGUGUGCAGCAAGCUAUGAUAUCUUCAAGUACGACAUGCUGACAAAUCAAAUGUGUAAUAUUCGCAUAAUACUAGGACCUGAGACUGGAGCUGGCGUCAUUUUCUUAUGGACACGUGUUGGGUAUUUCACUAUCGAUCUGAAGUCUGGGAGUUGCAAGAAAGUAGGGGAGGACUUAGUCUCGGCUCGCGUUGUUCCCUACGUCAGCUUCUGCACUCCAGCACCGGGAGCAGUCUCCACAAAUGAUAGACCAGAAACUGGUGUUGCCAUUUCUACAUAUGAGGUGUCAGUAGCUGAUAUUGCGGUCUCUACAGACGAGGGACCUGGAGCUGGUGUUGCGGUCUCUGCAAAUGAGGGGCCAGGAGCUGCUGGCAUGUGUCAAAUGCCUAAGAAGCUCAAAUUACAAGUGCAAGGGCCUCUAAAUCAAGAGGGAAAUUAA